UCAGGGGAAGCAUGGCAGGGGAACCGUGGAACAGGGUAAACAUUGCUUUCCCCGGCGCCGUUUCUCGUGUCCGUGUCCAUUUCAAUGCAACUACAGAUGCAUGUGUGAAAGGCGUGUUGGGGGGAAAUGAGGUGGUGCUUAAGCUUAUGCAGAGUGAGAUUCUGCAGACGGAGGUACGAGCUCUCUACGAGCUGCUCUACGUCCUGAACAACAGCUCCAGAGGAAACAAGACGUUCAGAGGCUUAAAGCAGGUUGAACAAUGCAUAAACAGGCUGAAGAGCAUGAAGCUUGAGGUCGCUCUCCAGGACCUGACAGACAUGUGUCCCAACAGAAUUCAAAGAGGGCUGAGCAUCAAGGCUGGGGAGUGUGACGUCCCCAGUCAACCCAUGCUGGAGUGGCUCUGUCUCAAAGUGCUGGGAGCCGCCCAGCUGAUGAGCUGCACGUUGAGCCGCUGCAGCAGAGCUUUCCUACUCUCAAAGCAGCAGAUGAAAUGGGAGGAGUUUGUUAUCUUGAAUAUGGUGAUAACCAGCAUGCUCAGUCGUCUCUGGGUGAUUUUCCGUGGAAUCCUGGUGAGCCUGUCCGCUCUGUAUCAGCAGAUCCUGGUGCUCCUCAGAGAAGUAGCCAACGCCGUGCCCAUGCCCUUCCUCAAAGACUUCUCCCUGCCAGCAGACAUGGCUCAGUUCCUGGGUCCUUCUGAUGCAUUUUAUCUGACCAAAAAGCCAGCACAUGGUCGUCUUGCCAAAGAGCACAAAGGGAAGCAGAAGCAGCAGAGGAGGAGGAGGAAGGAAUCUUCUGUUAAAGUCAAGAACCAGGGAGGGAAGAGGAAGGUCAAAGAAGAUCUGGGUGUUUCUAUUGAAAGAGGUAUAGGUCUGGACACGGACAUGAAGCCUUUUCUCAAGGUUUUCAGGGACUUUACUGAGGGCAAAUCCUUCCCACAGAAAACCCGAAAGGCUGCCAAGAAACAAAAGUUCAAGAAACAAGUGAGGGAGGCUACUACUUUCACAGACAUGGUGACCCAUCUAGAGGAAAUGAUCCCAUGGUGUGAAUCCCAGAAGAUGGAGAAGGAAAAACGUCUUUUAACCUUCCUGCGUUUAAAGUGCCAAAGGAUGAAAUGCCUAGAGGCAGCAGGCUACAACGUCCAAAAGAGGUUGCGGACCUUCAGACAGGAAGCCUGCUGGGCUUCAUCUCCUCAAAGUUCAGCGCCAAGAGCCUGUCGGUCCUCUGCUGCGAUGAGGAGACUUGCUCGCCUGAGAACUCGUUUUCAGUCACUCAGGAGUCGAUUUAAGUCUUCAACGCUAAGAACUGGUGUGAAAAAGAAACAGCUGAAGAGACGAAGGAAGAGGACUGAGUUAUCGGUGUCUGGACUGUCAGGGGCCGACCAAAUAAACAGGAGUCCAUGCGAGGGGACAUCUCAGACCGCCACCUGUGACAGCCUUGAUGACAUAGAUGAUAUAUUUGCCUCUGUAGGUUUUUGACACUUUGGAAUAGGAAACAAAUGACUGAGCUCAGUAUACGACACAUGCCUCUGUUUUGAAAGGAAAGAUGAAAUUUGAUGUGAAGAGAAAACUGAUGAUUGGACAUUGUUUUGAAGCGCUAAACAGCAGCAGUUACUUUAUCACAGAAAGUAACCAGAAAUGGGGACUUUUUUUAAGAAUAGAUAAAAAGCUAGACUCAACUCUUGCUUGGUAUUCAAAUAAGGUAUUUAAACAUUUUAAAUGGAGAAACUUCAGAGCGGGCAAAUCAUGAAGAACAUCAGCUCCUGGUGAAUGUCUUUUGUCUCAAUGACAGGAGCAUUGAAUGCUUUCUCACAGAUAAACAUUUUAUAGCAGUCAUUUAUCAUAAAUUGAAAUGCUUCAACAAAUGUGAACACAAAUAAUGAAAGGAUAGCCUUGAAAUCCUUAGACUAUAAAAUCCCACGUUCAAGAAGAUUGAUUUUUCUUUUCUUUUUUUUUUUUUACACUUCUCAAGAUGUGCAAAUGUCUUUUUUCCCCUCUUCUUGUCACAUUAAUAUAAUGAUGCUAAUAAAAAUGCUAAUCUUCUAGACAAUGUUAGCUUUAACAACUAAUCCACAUUUGUGAGGCACAAAGUGCAAAUUGAACUAAUUCAAAGAGAUUGUUUUUAGAAAUACUAGAGUCUACUCUGAAUUGUUAUUUAAAAAACUCUUCUAGAUGUUUCAGUUGACUGUGGAACAUCUUUAUGAUGCAAUUUAAUGAAGCAUUGAAGCCACGGUUUAAUGGUACUAAACGCCAAAUGAGGCUUUAGUCCCUUUCAGACAUUCACGCCUCAGCUGGCUACAGCACGCAUAAUGUGAACAGUACUACAGCUAUUACGUGCACAUCCUGUUCCACCCUCUGAGGACAGCACUGCACAUACAUAACAUGUAUUAUGCCCAAUGGAGUCAAAUCAAUUUA